AUGGGUGAUUUGCCACAAGAACGCGUAUCUCGUUGUCGUCCAUUCCUUAAUGUCGGUGUUGACUAUUGUGGUCCUUUCUACAUUAAGGAAAAAAGAUUUCGAAAUCGCAACAAACUCAAAGUUUAUGUUGCUCUUUUUACAUCUUUAACCACCAAAGCAGUGCACUUAGAACUGGUCAGCGAUCUGAUCACAGAAGCCUUUAUCGCGUCUUUGAAAAGAAUUUUUGCUAGAACAGGAAUAUCGCAGAAUAUCCACUCAGAUAACGCAACGAAUUUUGUUAGGGCUAAUCGCGAACUCGUUAAACUCUACGAAUUUUUUCAAUCGGAAGAGCAUAAUAAAGGGGUGAAGGAAUUUUUAAAUCAUCAAAAAAUUACUUGGAAGCUUAUCCCUCCCAGAUCACCGCACUUUGGCGGUCUCUGGGAGGCAGCAGUAAAAUCAGUUAAACGCCAUCUCUCUUGGACAAUAGGUGACGCAUUAUUGACUUUCGAGCAACUAGGAACCUGUAUCGUAGAAAUUGAGGCGAUCUUGAAUUCUUGCCCACUAUCUCCUCUGUCUUCCGAUCCCAAUGACCUGCAACCCUUGACUCCUGGUCAUUUCCUAAUUGGUGGUCCACUAAUUAGCUUUACCCAGCUGGACUUCAAGGAUUUUACGUCUAAUCGCUUGUCAGCAUGGCAGCACGCUCAAAGGUUGCGCCAUCAUUUUUGGAAUAGAUGGCAGAAGAAAUAUCUGACACAACUAACAGUUCGCAGCAAAUGGAACUCUAGCUCUAGCCAGCUCAUCAAACUGGGAACUAUGUUUGUCAUCAAGGAAGACAACCUCCCGCCCCUCCAGUGGAAACUCGGGCGAAUCGUCGCUACUCAUCCUGGUACAAAUGGGAUCAUCAGGGUUGCUACCGUGAAGACCGAGGUAGGAGAGUACAAGCGUUGUAUUAAGAAACUCUGUCCUCUUCCUAUCGAACCUUCUUCUUAA